CCCUACAGCAGCCAUGAUAAUCACGAUGGGAAACUUGCGACUGUCAACAUUGGACAUUAUUUAACGCAUACAUGUUUUAUGAGCCAAAACUAAAUAUUUCAUUUGAAAGAGAUUUAUUCACUACUGUUGUCUUAUUGUAUAAGAGAUAUUUCCGUAACAUUCAUGGGGAAUUAACUGCAUGUUUUGCUGUGGCUGAAAACUAUAGAGACAAAUUCUUGUCCAUCAGAGGCAAACUUGAGACGCACGCACGUGUGAACUAUGACAGUGAAACAACCACCAUUGCCUCAGCCAUGUCAUUCACAGGGAAGAAAGCAGGAUGAACUUUUGACAGUUUGUAACCAGAUAAAGGAAAUUACAGGAAUACAUGAUGAAAAAGUGAUAAAGAGAGCCAUUGAUGCUUGUCAAGAUGAAAAUGGACAAUUUAAUGUAGAAAAUGUGGUGGCAAUGUUGGUGGCUGAAGACAGCCAAGUAACUAACAGUCCUCCAAAAAAGUCAGCUGUGAAUCCAUUACCUCCAAGGACAACAGCUGGAGAUACAUUAGAUGCUAAAGGGAAACCAGGCACUGAUUCCACAGCUACCCAAUCGACAGAAACCCAGUCAACCAGUACAAAUAAAAGUCAAGCAGGUGUCAUAGACUUGACAACAGAAACAAAUGAAAGUGACGAACUACAGAAAGCAAUUGCUGCCAGUCUUCAAGAUACACAGGGAAUUCUGGGAGGUCAGGUGUCAAAGGAAGAACAGGAUAUUAGCAGAGUGUUAGAACAAAGUUUGAUAGAAAGUAAAGCUGGGACUAAACGGAAGAGAGGUGAUAUAUGGUUUGUAGAUCCACUUAAUCCACAUGAAAGGAAGAGACAAGAAGAGUGCCCUGUUGGUUUAAAGAAUGUUGGAAAUACGUGUUGGUUUAGUGCUGUAAUACAGUCUUUAUUUAACCUAAGAAGAUUUAGACAUUUGGUGCUUAACUUCAAACUACCUAAAGAUCCAGCACAGCAGGAGACAAGAAAUGUGAGAUUUAUGUGUGAACUUCGACAUUUGUUUGCAUUAAUGGUUGGUUCCAAGAGAAAAUAUGUAGAUCCUUCUAAAGCUGUAGAUAUUCUUAAAGAAGCCUUUGCUGCUACAGCAGCUACUGGUGUAGGAGACAGUCAACAGGAUGUCAGUGAAUUCCAACACAAGUUAUUAGAGUGGUUAGAAGAUGCAUUUAAAACAACAUUUAGACCUCCAUCCCCAGAAACAGGGGCUGGAGAAUCUGACGAAACAAAAAAUCCAAUGGUAGAGUUAUUUUAUGGUCAAUAUAGAGCUGAAGGUGUCAAUGAAGGUAAAGGUUUUAGCAAUGAUGAAAAUUUUGGUCAGUUUCCAUUACAAGUAAAUGGUUUUCGAGACAUCCAUGAGAGUUUGGAAGCUGCUACAGCACAUGGAGCUAUAGAAACAGUCAGUAGGGAUACUACACAGCAAUCAGGUCAAGAGUUGUGGUUUACUAAACUUCCACCAGUGUUGACCUAUGAACUUUCCAGGUUUCAGUUUAACCAACAACUUGGACGUCCUGAAAAAAUUCACAACAAAAUAGAAUUUCCUCAAGUUAUAUAUAUGGAUAGGUAUAUGAUUGGUAAUAAAAUAGAAACCAGGCAAAGAAGAGAACAAGUGAAAAAAUUAAGAGAAGAAUUAUCUGUGUUGUAUUCCAAAUUAGAUAAAUUUAACCAUUAUGGUAGUGGUAGUAAGAAAGUUCCUCUACAAGAUGUGUUAUCGUAUGCUUUAGAGUUUGCCGAAAGUAAACCAGAAACCCAGUGUCUUUCAUUAGAUGUAGAAAUGGAAUCUCCUAAACCUCAUUCUAGUAUGGUAACGGAAACAUCAGCAGAUGUUCCAAUGACAUCAACAUCACCACCUUCAUCAUCACCCGCCAAAAAAAUAGCUACGCCCAUCAAACCUCAUCGGACAAAUGUCUUAAUUAGUAACCCUUCACCUAAACAUGUAGAAGAUUCAGAAUUAAAAGUUUUACAAGAAUGUUUGCGGAGAUGGCGAACUGAAGUAGAACAGGAUGUUAGAGGAUUACAAGAAAACAUAAAUUCCUUGGAAAAAGCUAUAAAUAUAAUGUAUGGUGAUGAGGCCAUGAGAAAGUGUCCUUAUCAUCUACACGCUGUACUUGUGCAUGAAGGACAGGCUGCUUCGGGACAUUAUUGGGCAUAUAUUUGGUCAUUAACUAAAUGGUUAAAAUUUAAUGACAUAUCAGUGACUGAUGCAUCAUGGGAAGAUUUAGUAAAAGAAAGUGUGGGUGGAUUUCAUAAUGCUAGUGCUUAUUGUUUAAUGUAUGUGGAUAAAUCAAAAUUAGAGGCAGAAGAAGAAAGCUGUGAUAAUGAUGUUCUACCUGAUGACUUAAAGGAACAGGUAUUAGAGGACAAUAAUAAGUUUGACCAGGAAAUAGACGACUGGGACAAAGAACAGGCCAGAAAAGCUCUAGGUGCUGGUGAUGGUGAUUGUACUAUAACUGGAGAAACUAAACCUGGUCCCAGUACAAGUUCAGUGGCCACACAGACACAGGUUCCUAGCAAUAAAAAUUUUAACCAGGAAGUGACGUUAGCUGUUACUCAUGCUUUUUUAUCAGCCGCAGAAACAUACCAGGCUGCAAACACAGCCUUAGGUCAAGAACCGAUUCAGUUUGAUGGUCCAGCUAUUCUUACAAUUGUGAUAGAAAGUGAAUUGCAAAGACUAGAUCAAAUAGUAAAACAGUUACAUAAAUUGUUACCAAAAGAUGAUCAACGAUUAUUGCAUCCUGUGAUAUAUCUUAAAGCAUGCCAUGCCCCGAGGGACGUGAUACACAAAUUUAUGCUGGAACAGUUUUCCCUUUGUACACUUUUAACACAAAAUGAUAAAUGUAAAAGAUUAUUACUUUCAGCUACUGCAGAACUUAAACAAAGACAGAAAGGUUUAGAAAAAGAUGAUCUUAUGAUUAUGUGGCAUGACAGAUUUCACCAGUUUAGAAAAAUAGUUUAUUUCUUUGUUAAAGGAUUAUUAUUAUAUAACGAUGAAAAAUAUGAUAAAGCUCUUCCUUAUUUGGUUCAUACAUAUACUCUUAAUACAGCACUUAAAAAUCAAGUCACAGUAGAUGCUGGAUGUUUAUCUGUUAGUUUAUUAGGAUUUUAUAGAAGACAGUGUUUAUUGCAUAUGAAUGACAUGCUUACCCAUCAGUUUGAGAGUCUUGAAGACAUCACUGAGACGAUGGGGAUUAUGAAUAACUACAUUGUACCAUGCCUGCCAUGUUUACUCCAGUCUGGCUACACUGAUGACCAAAGUGCUGCCGAGGAAAUCAGAGAAAAAUGGUGCUCAUUUCUUGGACAAGAAAUUGGUGGUACGUGUCCUUUGAAAGACAAGAAAGUUGAAAUGUUACAAGACUUAUUAUCAAAGUUAUUUGAACCACCAGGUGAUACUAACGUUACUAGAAUUCCAGCUGUAAUGCAUUCGGAACUAAAAACAUUAUAUAGAGAAUUCCAGAGAUUAAUGGACAUAGCUGAUGAGUCAGGUUACUUAGAAAAAGCCUUACAGAGUAAAUGACGAUAUAGCAUCAUGUCUCAUAUCCUACUACAUUAAGAUACCAUGUUGCCAUCCUUUCUGUUGUGUCAUCUAAAAUAGUUUAGAUCCACAAACAGGAAACCAGUACAAAGAAUAAAUAUCAAUAACGAGAAUUAAAUUUCAUAUUUGACAGUGAGAUAAUAUAAAUACAUUUUGAUAUGUUUCAUUUUAAACUACAAGCAUUCAAAAUAAAACCUUAAUGUUGAAUCUUAAAAAAGAUAUUCAUGACUUUUAAUUUGUACUAAAUUUCAUCAAAAUAACAGGCAAAGUAAAUAUAUCUAAAGAAUGCAAAAAAUGCAAUAUAUUGGUAAGCAAAAAUGAUUGUUGAUGAAAACCAACCCAUGUUGGGCAUAUUCAGGUAAAGUUCAAAGGUUGUACUCGUAAUCUACUGUAAAGUAGAUUAAGCUGAUAUGGAACAAAGUUACUCAUGCACGAAUUUUAUAAUUUAUUCAUAUAUCAUAAGAGCUUUUAUUUAAGACCAUAAUUUUACAUAUAGAAAUAUAGAAAUUGAUACUUUUUUUUAAUAAAUCCAAGGACUAUUUUAGUUUAAAAAACAAAAUUUAUAAAGCAGCUUUUAUUUAUAUCACUUUGCAGUAAUUUCAUAAAUUUUUUAACCUUAGUCUGAGUACUCAGGAUCAGCUUAGUCUCGUAUCUUUGAUGUAUAUAUAAUAUUAAUAGAUUAAAAGUUAAAUCAAUUAUCCAAUGUAAUAGUUUACUGCUUUUUAUACGACCGCAAAAAAAUUUUUGUGGUCGUAUAUUGGUAUGACGUUGGCGUCGUUGUCGUUGUCGUCGUCGUCGUCGUCCGAAGACACAUUAGUUUUCGCACUCUAACUUUAGUUAAAGUGAAUGGAUCUUAAUGAAAUUUUACCAUAAGGUUCAAUACCACAAAAGGAAGGUGGGGAUUGAUUUUGGGGGUUAUGGUACCAACAGUUAAGGAAUUAGGGGCCAAAAAUAAGCAUUUUUGUAACUUCCAGACAUAACUUGUGUGUAAGUGUAUGGAUCUCUCUGACAUUGUACCACAAGGUUCCA